AUGGGCUGCUUUACCUUUAAAUGCUGUUUUAUCAUAACACCUAUUAUAUUGGUUGGGAUCUCUUAUUGGUUGUAUCAACCUUUACCCGAGGGUUUGAAGGAAAAAUGGACAGCUCACCGAAUUCAAGCUAUAAUGAAAUUAUUGAAUUUUUAUGUAAAGGUUAAGCAUGUGUUGGGCUAUGGAACUAAAGUUGAAAUUCUGAGGGCAUUUCAACAGAGCUUAAUGUCUGGAACUCCACAAGAAGACAAUUUCACCAUUACAGAAGAAUACAUUGGUAAAAUCCCUGUUAUGAUAUUUCGACCACACUCUGUACCAAGUAAAUCACCAGCUAUAGUAUAUUUUCAUGGUGGAGGAUGGGCUCUUUGUUCUUCAGCUAUAAUGGCAGGAGGCAUAGCUGAUAUUGCUAAAUGGAUGAAUGUCGUAGUAAUAUCUAUAGACUAUAGAUUAAGUCCAGAACACCCAUUUCCGGCAGCGUUCGAUGAUUGUGUUACUGCAACUGUUCAUGUUUUACAAAAUGGAGAUAAAUAUGGGAUUGAUUCAAGCAAUGUUGGAGUCGCUGGUGACAGCUCUGGUGGAAAUUUGGCUGCAGCAGUAGCAUUGCGCCUUGCUAAUGAACAGCCAAACAGACUUCCUAAGUUAAAGUGUCAAAUUUUAAUAUAUCCGGCUUUACAAGCUUUGGAUUUAAGACUUCCUUCUUAUGUAUCUAACGAUGUAUUUGAAUCGUUUCCACGCAUAGACUUCAUCGGGUAUAUUUUAUAUUAUUUGGGAAUGGAAGAUACCGAGGAAAAUAUAGAAAUUCUAUCAACAAAUAAUCACGUAACACCAGGUUUAAAGAAGUCUGAAUUUGUUAAGUUUAUAGAUCAAAAUCUGUUACCACCGAAUGCAAGGCGAACUAUACCAACGAUACCGGAAAGCGACAAUAAAACAUUUGCCAAGCGAUUAGAACCAUUACUUAUAAAUCCUUACAUUUUUCCACUAAUGGCAAAGGAUCUUUCCAAAGUACCCCCAGCAUUUAUAGUGACAUGCCAGUUUGAUAUGUUAAGUGAUGAAGGAAGAAUGUAUGCUGAACGACUGAGAAGAUCUGGUGUUGAUGUCAUCGCCCGCCAUAUUGAGGGAUAUGGACAUGGGUUCUUUACCCGUUUUAGCAAGUCUUAUAGUAGAAGUGGAGCUAUGGUUGAAACUUUAGAACAAUUGGAAAGAAAUCGGCAUAAAUAUUUUCAAUGA